GUACUUCGAAGGUGGAGACACAGGUGGAAUAAAUCACCAACUUUACUACAAUACCAGCAAGUAACGAGUUGCAUCAACAUAGCAGUACGCUGCAGGGAACAGAAACCGGAAGAUAGACCUUCUAUAGGUGAUAUAAUGAGCAUUCUAAGUGAAUCCGUAAGUACGGAUUGGCACACUGGUCAGGAAAGCACUUAUCUAGAUGAUGACAUUCUUGGUAUUGAGCCACUCGAGCUACAAUUUUCUUUGAUGCUUAACACGGAGAUGUCAUGCUCAGUUAAGCUAACGAACAAGACAAAGGCUUGUUUUGCCUUCAACAUUGAAAGACCGAGCCAACAGUAUACCAUACAGCCAGACAAAGGCAUCGUGCCACCAGAAUGGAACGAGUUUCUUGUUAAGAUAACAUUGCAGCCACAAGACAGGGCACCGGAAGUUACAGGAAAUGCUGAUAAGUUCACCGUGCAAAGCACAAAAGUGAGUGAAGGUCUUAGAGUCGAGGAUAUCACUGAACGUAUAUUCCAUGAAGAGGCCGGUAAAGUGGUUGAUGAGGUGGAUUUGAUGGUUGUAUAUGGGAAGGGUAGUGGCAGGAGAGGACCAGUGUGCCCAUUUGUCGAGGGAGUCUCCGUCAAGCCCUGCCAGGCCAUCAAUUCUAUCAGCUAUGAAGAUGGCACCCGAGGACAACUAGGUCGCCGUAAUUUCCGCCCACCAAAGAACUUUUCACGCACUCAACCUGCAAACAUGACCUACCUACUGAGAGUCAGUGAUCGAGCCAUUGAUGUCACAAGGGGGGCCAUGGGCUGCCUGCUCCACAAGCUGGGCGAGCUCCUCAAGGAUUUCAAUCUGGAAACAAGCGUGAAGGAAGACGUCGACUCACACUCUAAAGAGCUAGUGAAGAUGCAGCUAGUACUCUGCAAGGUGUCACAGGUGCAGCAGGACAACCUCGAUGAUCUGGUCAAGCGUUGGGCCAGUAAUGUUAGGGAGAUGUCAUAUGACCUAGAGGAUUUCGUUGAUGGCUUUCUGGUGCAAAGCGAGCCUGAGUCUAAUACGAGUGGCUUCAGGGAACUCACACAUGAGAUGUGCUUCCUCUUGGAGAAGGGCAAGGGUCACCAGCCGAUCGGUGACUUGAUCAAACACCACAUCAGCAAACAAGUUCAGGAUGAGGCCAAAAAGUGUAAAGAGUACAACGUUGACAAUGUUGUGGAUGAUGCAUCUGCCACAGUUACCGAUACCAUUGAUCCUCGUAACUUAGUUGUAUUUCAACGUCCAAAGGAGCUUGUUGGCAUUGAAGAGCCAAGGGAUAACCUAAUCAAGAGGCUCUCUCAAGUGUCAGAGCAGCAGCUGAGGAUAUUCUCUAUCUACGGAGCUGGGGGGUCGGGCAAGACAACUCUGGCAAAGGCAGUGUAUGACAAGCUUGAAGGCCAAUUCCAUCCUAUGGCUUUUGUUUCCGUGGGUCGGAAUCCCGAUAAGAAGCAAGUUUUGCAAGACAUUAUUGAUGAACUUUCCAAUGAUUCCAAUACAGCAACCUUGAACGAAAAGCAGCUCAUCAAAGAACUCCACAAAUUACUCAAGAACAAGAGGUAUGCACCAGUUUACUCAUUAGCUGUGGUGAUGGGGGUACAAUUUUUUUUCGAGAGUACGCAAAUUGUGUACCAAUUUUUUUCAGCCAAAUCUAUUUGGCGAACAUGUUAA